AUGGCGGGUCUUCUCACGCUCGCCCGCCAGGCUCCGCCUCGCCCCCGCGCUCCCCACGCGACCAGGCCCUCCGCCAGGCCAUCCGGCGCCGCGGGCCAGCACGCGACGCGCGCUCCGCCGGGCCCUCCCCGGUGCGGGCGAGGCGAGCACGCCUCGCCCGAGUGCUCCGGCCCCAUUGGCGAGCACGCCAUCGCUCCCUCCGCCGGGCCCUCCCGAUACGGGCGAGGCAAGGACAUCGGCGCGAGCUCGGCCGGGCACUCCGGCCCCGGGGGCGAGCACGUCGGUGAGCUUCAUGGGGCGGCGGCGUUCGCGAGCUCCAGUGGAAGGCGAGGAGGCAUGGGGCCGGCGGCGAGCUCCGAGGCGAAGCAGGGGAGGCAUGGGGGGAGAGAAAGGGAGAGAACGGGAUGGAGGGGCUGA